AUGCCGAUUUACUACGUUGCGUUUUUCCUGGUUUUGGAAACUGCGCAUAUCUGGACAACUCUUUCAGGAAAAAUACUCUUUGUGAACGUAUCCGGAAUCAGCUCCAUAAUUGCUUUUAAUGCGUAUAUAACCAAACAUUUAAAUUUACAACGAAACACCCCUGUCGAUGUUGUAUAUGAUGGUGUUUAUUACAACUUUGGAAAUGCGUACAAUCCUCAUAGUGGCUUUUUCACAGCGCCAUCUGAGGGACUGUAUGUAUUUACUUGGACAAGUCUCGUUUAUGGGGGGAAAAUCUUUGAUGCUCAAAUUCUUGUAAAUGGAGUCAAUAAAGGAUACGGAAACUGUAACAAUGAAGCCAAUCCAAGUUACGCAAAUUGUGCUAAUACAGUACCUUUGGUUCUGAAAGCCGGAGACAAAGUAAACAUAAGGACUACAAAUGCAAAUAGUUUGCAUAAAAGAUGGUCUAGUUUUAAGGGAUGGAGAGUGAAAUAA